AGUCAGGGGGCUAGAAUUAUUCCAAAGGAUAAAAAUAAAAUAAAUCACCACAGAAUUUCAAAAAAGCCCCCUUUUAAGAAUAAAAUAUUUUAGAAAACUUUCAAAUAAAGGAAAAUGUGGUCAAGAAUUCAAGUUUUUAAUGAAAAUGAGGGAAAAAAAUAAAAAAUAAGCAUCCCUUUUUCAUACUGAUUAGCCCUUUGACAAUGUCAAAAUUUCCAUCUUUAGUUUGUUUAUAAUUUCAGAGAUUUUAUUAUUAUUUUUCCGUGCGAAAAUGGAUGUGGAAAAUGAUCUUGAAGAGCAACUAACAAGCUAUCACAUAUGCAAAUUGCCCACGGAGAGUCUACCGGAUGAGCUAAAUGUGCAAAAAGCGAUAAAAACAGAGAUCGAGGUGUUGCCUGUUGACGAAGAGCCGCCAAAAAAGAGAAGAUUGAAAAGGAAUGAGGAAAUCCAGGACACAACUUGGCUCCCUUCAGUGCCACAGGCAUCCCGAAAGACAGCUCAAAAGUCCAACUACAGACUUGAAGUCUUCACAGUGGAGUCCGCCCGGACAACAACACAAAUACCUGAGGAGCCCCCCGAGGAAAUUCUGUCAGCAAGUCCCGGAAUUCCCAAUUAUGCUUUGGGUAGUAUAGUGAAUCUGAGGACGCAAGCACAGCCUGGGAAUACGUCAACGAGUAGAGCGAGUGCCAGCAAUGGGAGGAGUGCAGCUGCAUCAUCUACUGCUGAGCAAGGUUUCAGCUCAAAGAUUUGGUAUCAAUUACCUGGGAACGAAGAUGAAUCAGUGCCUGUUCAAGCGUCUCCUCAAAUCUCAAAAAGGAAUCCCGUUCAAACGCAACCACCUGUGGUUAAACUGAAUCUUCCCCUGCAGAUACAACCAUCAGUCGUGAAAAGGAACACAAUUCCCCUGAAUAUUCAAGCUUCGGUGAUCAACAGCAAUACCUUUUCCGGUCAAUUAGCAAAUGUCCUGAGAACUACUAACCUGCCUCUCCAGAUUCCAUCGUCACAAAUUCAAGCACUCACGCAGCAGAGUCAAGGUGCUGCUCCGAAAAAUUUGCGAAAGCGACAGAAUGUGCAGCAAAAUACAGUUCAAAGUCCGCCAGUUGUGACGAUAAAAAUCGAGGAUGACGAUGAUGAUGUGAGUGUUGUGAAUGCACCACCUCCAGCUCCUAUUAGGCUGGUUGAACCGGCUGAAACGAGGCAUAUCAUCAAGCUCGUUACGAGUGUGCCUGUGUCAAAGUAUCCCUGCGAAUUCUGUGGCUGUACCUUUGAGCUGUGGAAUCAACGGGACACCCAUAUGGCUACCCAUCGCAUUGACGGGGAAUACAUCUGCUUUAUCUGCCAGAAGGCCGUUCUAGAAUACUACAUAACGGAAGAUUCAGUCUUCAGGACGCCCCACUAUCAUUUCCUUCAGGCUCACCUGGCGGAAUCACACAAGAUUACGGGCCAACCUAGGGGGUUCGAAUGUCCAUACUGUUCAAUUCAUCCAGCAAACUAUGCAGCCCUUGUACAACACUUGACACAGGAUCACGAUACAUCCUCUCUCAGGAACCAAUACAUCCUGGUAAAUGUUCUGGAGGAUCGUCUUGAGGGAUAGAAGGUUAAAUUAAUCAAAAUGUGGAACAUUUUGUAAUAUUUAUAAAAUGGGGCAUGUCGCAGAAGACAUUUUACAAACAUGCCGCCAUGAGAGGAGCUAAAUUUUCAAAUUCAAUCUUCUCAGUGAUAUUCUUUGUCUUGAUGUUCUCAUCUUGAUUGGCGAUAAAUACCAAAUUUCCCUGAUCCUUCCA